GCGUUACUUUGCCAAAAUAAAACAUUUCCACGAUGUUAAAUUUAUUUAGGGUGUCCCAUGUGAUAUAAAAACCACAAUAAAGUGAAUACAAUUUAUUUUUACUUUAUUUUUCUCGAUCUAUACUCGUGACGUCUAGAAUAUGCGCCAUAUUGUUAAAAAGGCCCAUUUAGGAUAGCUUCCUGUUGCCUGAUUAAUUAACAUAGAAGCCAGACAAUUUGUCGCAUUGUUUUGAUAAGGAUAAGUGUGCUAUAAUCCGACGUGGAUUUUCAUUUACUUUUGUAUAUGUUUUACAAUUAUCCAAGUUUUUGUUCAACGCUUUAUUGAAAAUUACAAAAAUAAACAUUUCUGGCAAGUUUUUCACAGUACAUACAUUGCAUAAGUGUAGAAAGAAUGCUAGGUGAGCAUUAAUCAACAGUAAAACUUAUAAUCAUAACAUCAAUAUUGUAAAUUCAGAGCAGUUGAAAUAAAAUAAAAACAAAAAUAAAUAGACAAAAAUAAAAUACAUAUAAAAGUCUACGUGUUGUUUUCAAUAAAGGACAUUCGAAUUCGUUUAAACUGUUAAUUUCAGUGGGGACAUUUUUCAAGCUAUAUGUAAUUUUUGUGCAUUUGUUAUUGUUAGAAUUUUUUUAGAGAUUUUAAGUACAUUUUGAAUUCAUCCAUGAAACAAUUAUCCAAGUAUACGUCUCCCUGCGAGGACAGGAAACCCGUUUCCUUUGUUACCUCUUAUUUAUGCGACAGAGCCCACUUCGGACCCCAGAAAGUUCGUGAUGGGUUCGAAAUCUCGACGUCGGUCCCGCUCCAAGUCCAGAAGCCGGAGCCGGGAUCGUCGAAACAGAUCCAAAGUGAGCAAGUCUCGGUCUCCGGAGGACAGGAGACGCCGCAGCCGCUCCGUGGAUAAGAAAAGAGCCGUCCGUGGACGCGGCCGGUCGGGCAGCACGAGCUCCAGCGAUGGCUCUCCUGAUCGGCGGCGGCCUCAGCACCAGGACCGAGCCGGGUCACGGAGCAGCUCGGAGAGCGACCGCAGGCGAGCACCACAGCGUCCCAAGAGCAGGUCCAAGGGUCGAUCAUCCAGUUCUGAAUCAGGUGAUCCUAAGAUGAGGAGGGGAAGAAAGGAAACAGAGAAACGGCGAGGAACAUCUCGAGAGAGGAGGAUGGUGAAGUCCCAGUCCAGCUCUGACUCCCAUGAUGGAAGCAGUGAUCGAGAAAGGAGAAGACGGAGAAGUCCUGAGAGAGGGAGCCCAACCAGAGACAGACAGGCAGAGGAAAGAACGAAAGGCCGAGACAGAGAAAGGGAAAAAGAGAGAUGGAAGAGCAACAGCCGAGACGGGGAAAGAAAAGGAGACAGAGACAAAAGCCCGGAGCACAGGAAGAGGAGUGAGAAAAGCAGAGAGAUGGUCGACAGAGACAGAUGGAGGCAGCGUUCAAGUUCGCCUGAGUCGUCUGAUAGCUCUGGGUCUGAUCGGGGGGCCCGUGUGGUCAAAGAAAAGGAUGACAAGAAAAAACAGAGGGAUCAGAGGGAUAUGAUGAAAGCUCUGGAGACACCAGAGGAGAAGAGGGCCAGGAGACUGGCAAAGAAGGAAACAAAGGAGAAGAAGAGGAGAGAAAAGAUGGGCUGGAGUGAGGAGUACAUGGGAUACACCAACGCAGACAAUCCAUUUGGUGACAACAACUUAUUGGGCACAUUCAAAUGGCAGAAGGCAUUGGAUAAAAAAGGCAUCGGGCAUCUGGGAGAAAAAGAGCUGAAAGACAGGAACAAAUGUAUUCAGGAGGAGAAUCGCAGAGAGCUACAGAAGGUAAAACAGCUGCGUCUGGAGAGGGAACGAGAAAAGGCCAUGAGAGAGACGGAGCUGGAGAUGCUGCAGAGAGAGAAGGAGGCGGAGCAUUUCAAAACCUGGGCUGAACAGGAAGACAACUUCCAUCUGCAUCAGGCCAAACUGAGAUCUAAGAUCAGAAUCCGUGACGGUCGUGCCAAGCCUAUUGACCUUUUGGCAAAGUACAUCAGUGCAGAAGAUGACGAUCUGGCUGUGGAGAUGCACGAGCCGUACACCUUUCUUAACGGGCUGACGGUCACCGACAUGGACGACCUGCUGGAGGACAUUAAGGUCUACAUGGAGUUGGAGCAAGGGAAGAACGUGGACUUCUGGAGAGACAUGACGACCAUCACAGAGGACGAGAUCAGCAAGCUGAGAAAACUGGAGGCGUCUGGGAAAGGACCAGGUGAUCGUCGUGAGGGCAUUAACACCGCUGUGAGCAUCGACGUCCAGACGGUGUUUAAAGGAAAGACGUACAGCCAGCUGCAGGCGCUGCACCUGAACAUUGAGACGAAGAUUCGGGCUGGAGGAUCCAAUCUCGAUAUCGGCUACUGGGAGAGUCUGCUGCAGCAAGUCAGAGUCUACAUGGCCAGAGCCAGGCUGAGAGAGCGUCACCAGGAUGUGCUGCGGCAGAAGCUGUUCAAACUGAAACAGGAGCAAGGAGUAGAGAGUGAGCCUUUGUUCCCCAUCAUCAAAGAGGAGGAGAGGAGUGAGGAUGAAGAGGAUACCACAACAAAUGAGCCUGGCCAGUCUUCAUCAACAGGAAAUAAGAACAGAGAAACAGAAGAGGACGAUGAGGAGCCGUCAACAUCCGCAGCAGGAAACCAAGACGAGGACGAAGGAGAAAAGGGCGACAAGAAGGACGAAGAGAAGGAGGGCGAGGUGGUGGAGGCCGUGCUGACGGAGGAGGACUUGAUCCAGCAGAGCCAGGCGGAGUACGACUCCGGCCGCUACAGCCCCACGCUGCUCACAUCCUCCGAGCUGCCGUUGGACACACACACCAUCACACCGGAGGAGGACACACACAGGCUGCAGUUAGCACGCAGACAGCUACAAGUCACCGGUGAUGCUAGCGAGAGCGCCGAGGACGCCUUUGUACGCCGCGCCAAAGAGGGCAUGGGCAACGACGAGGCUCAGUUCAGCGUCGAGUUUCCCGUCACGGGGAAGAUGUACCUGUGGGCGGACAAAUACCGUCCCAGGAAACCCCGCUUCUUCAACAGGGUCCACACAGGCUUCGAGUGGAACAAAUAUAACCAGACCCAUUACGACUUCGAUAACCCACCGCCCAAGAUCGUCCAAGGUUACAAGUUCAACAUCUUCUACCCGGACCUGAUCGACAAGCGAUCCACCCCGCAGUACUUCCUCGAGCCGAGUCCCGACAACAAGGACUUUGGGAUCUUGAGGUUCCACGCCGGUCCUCCGUACGAGGACAUUGCAUUUAAGAUUGUGAACAGGGAGUGGGAGUACUCACACCGACAUGGCUUCCGCUGUCAGUUCGCCAACGGUAUCUUCCAGCUGUGGUUCCACUUCAAGAGGUACCGCUACAGGAGAUAGAGGCCACCGACCAGGAUGGACCAAGGCCCCAGUCACUGGGUUUUAGCCAUACUCGCUGUAUUAUAUAGGCUGCGCCAUCAAUGUGCUUUGUGAUUUUGUUUUUCGCUGCUCUACACCCAAAAAGCAGUUUGUUUUAGCCACAAAUCACUGUACGGUUGUCUGCAAAAAGUAAUUUGUAAUAUUAAAGAUUUUUUUCCCCUUGUUACUCUUUGAAAGUUGUCAUUGGUUGAUGGGUUGUGAACAACAGUUUAUACCAUGUUAUUACAGAGACACGGUCUUAAAACAUUGAACAUCUGGGACUUGGUCAGAUUCUUCAGAAAGAUGGUAAACACAAAAGCAGAUGAUUCAUAAC